GAACGUUCUUGAACCCUCUUGCCCAUGAUCCUAUCUGUGACCGAUCCAAGGCUUUCACCACCCUUGCGCUCGAGGGUUUGGUUUGGGGCUAGACCAGGUUAGGAUGCUCAACAGUCCAGUCUAAUUGGAAUACCAGUCUCUUCUCUUAACAUCACUUUUCACCGGCACCGCUGGUGGUAGUAUUAGUUCAUGUGCCAUCGUACCCCGGGCCGCAGGUCUAGUAUCGCUGAUUCUUUGCAGAACAUGAGACGCCAUUAAGGCAUGAUGAAGCCAGCAUGGAGUUUGGCCGUGACCACCAGCCUGUGAACACGCUCGUUUCGGCGACGUGAUUCAAACCUCAGGCUGACUCGUGAGGUCGGCCGAUGAGAAGCGGAAGAAGGAAAGCUAUGUAUCACUCACAUAGAACCAACGAGGUCCUGCACGUUGUUUCCUCUCAUUCAACUUGUUUAGGCGCUCACUCGAACACCCUCGAACACCUUGAUAUGUCGUUGGACCACUUUGAUUGCAUCGUCAUCGGUUCAGGGAAUGCAGGAAGCUGCGCUGCACUGGCAGCCAAAGAUUCCGGAUGUCCUCGUGUCCUCGUUGUUGACAAAUGUCCAGCGGAAUGGGUAGGAGGUAAUGGAUACUUCACCGCAGGAGCGUACAGAACUGUUCACGAUGGUCUUCACGAUCUUCUACGCAUCGUGCACAAUGUUGCUCCUAAUUCCGACUUGGCGUCCACAAUUGACGUGGACCCAUACAGCCCUGAGGACUUUAUCGGCGAUAUCAUGCGUCUGGGCGAAGGGAAGCCGAACCCCGAGUUAGUCAAGGCUCUUGUAGAAGGGUCAAGAGAUGCCGUUCAGUGGCUCGCCGAGCGCGUCAAGGUUCCAUUUACCUUCUCUUUCAACAGGCAAGCUUAUCUUGUCAAUGGUCGUCAGAAAUUUUGGGGUGGACUGGCUCUUAGCGUUGAGGAUGGUGGCAAAGGUGUCAUUGCUGCACAUCAGAAGGCACUGAAAGAUGCAGGCGUGGAGGUGUGGUUCAAUACAACUGCUGUAGAGCUGGUGGAAGAGAAUAAUGCUGUCGCCGGGGUUAUCGUGACACAAAAUGGUGAACUGGUUACUUUGAGAGCACAAUCAGUCAUUCUAGCGACAGGUGGCUAUGAAGCUAGUCGAGAACUUCGAGGAAAGCUCUUGGGAUCUCAAUGGGAGUUAGCGAAGGUUCGUGGUACCCCCUACAAUACGGGUGACGGACUUACGCUUGCGCGUGCGAUUGGAGCAAAACUCGCAGGCGACUUCCAAGGAUGUCACUCUACAUGCUGGGAUGCAAACGCAGCCCCAGACACCGGAGAUCGUUUACUCAGUAACCAAUUCACAAAAUCUGGGUAUCCCCUCGGGCUCAUGCUCAACGCCCUUGGAGAGCGUUUCGUCGACGAGGGUGAAGAUUUCCGCAACUAUACUUACGCCAAAUUCGGGAAAGCAAUCUUGAGACAACCUGGAGGUCAUGCAUUCCAGGUUUGGGACUCGAAAGUGACGUCCUGGUUGAGGAAGGAAGAAUACGGUGAUGACAUUGUCAGGAAGAUUUGGGCAGACAGUAUUGAAGAGCUUGCCGAGAAGCUUCAUGCGGAGGGUCUGGAGGAUAAGGAGACCUUUAUAAGGACGGUCAAAUUUUAUAAUGAUGCUACCCAUGCGUUCCAAGCCAAGUAUCCCGACAAGGCAUGGGACCCUGCAGUCAAAGAUGGUCUUUCCACAAGUUCUCUCCCAUUGCCGAAGUCAAACUGGGCACUCACAAUCGAAGAACCACCUUUUCUUGCGGUCAAGGUCGCUUGCGGAAUCACUUUCACUUUCGGAGGUCUUGCGAUUGAUCCAAACACCGCUUCUGUCCUUUCGGAGCAGGGCAAGCCAGUUCCCGGGUUGUUUUGUACCGGAGAGUUGGUCGGUGGUCUGUUCCAUCACAAUUAUCCAGGAGGAAGUGGGCUCACAGCUGGUGCGGUCUUUGGGAGAAAGGCUGGUGAGGAAGCUGGAAAGACUAUAGUCCGAUCAUAAUGGGAAAUAUGAUAGUCAUGGGCGGGGCGAGGACUGUGGGGAUAUUUAUGCACGAUAUACAGGCAUGGCUUAACGAAUGAUUGUAUGAUCUUAGAGUUAUAGUGUACCCAGCUUUGACUGUGAGGCCGUCAGGAACUCGAUAUGAUGGGCAUCCCAAUGAACUCCAUAACCAUCCGAAGGUCUGGUCGGGGCCUGCGUGCUCUAAUGUGCUAUGCAAGCGUACUGACUUACAUCAGGGCCACCAUCUUAUUCAUAGCUACGUACAUGCCAGAUUAUCCUCGAUCAUUAGUAUAAUUGCAUCCCCACACACCUUGUGAAAACUUUUCAAUAUGUUCGUCCAUUGUCUAAUUAUCAUAUCCUCCAGUCAAGGGCAGGUAAAAACGCUGCGAAACUAGUGAA